AGGUUUCAUCCUCUCUGCUCCUUCACUCUCUCCACAGAUUCAUGGCUGCAAGUCCCUCUGACCUGACUGGGACCUGAGCUUUAAGGAAAACAUGGAAAAGGAAAUAAAAUACAAAACACACAAGGAUGUGAAGAAAAUCUGUGCAGACUGCUCCUAUUGAUUGUGUUUUUUCUAUUGGAGAACUAAUGGGACUCUCAAGAAAGGCAGACCUCAACAAGUUACAGCAGAGCAACCUGUGGAGAGCAAGAUUGCCUGAGACUGUGUGGAAAGUUUUGUGUUCUUUAAAGAAUAUAUUUGAGAAGACAGUAUGUUAUCGACAUGUGGAACUGGAGCUUUGGCUGUUUUCCACUGUGUGGUAGCAGUCACUGCACUGAUAACAUCUCAGUGUGGCUCUGUGGAGACUCAGAGACUGCAUGGAGAAAUUGACUCUGAUGAUGUCAUCACCCGAGACGAGCAGAUCUACGUCCUGAUUGGUGCUCACGCCAGGUGUGAAAGGAACAUCCGGGCACAAAUGACUUUAAUUAAAGAAGGGGACUGUGUCCCAGAGUGGGACGGGAUCAUCUGCUGGCCCCGAAGCAGAGCAGGUCAGCUGGUCUCAGUGCUGUGUCCACAGUACAUCUAUGACUUUAACCACAGAGGGCGAGCCUACCGCCAGUGUGACGUGUCUGGAAACUGGGAGCUGGUUCCCAGUAACAACCGAACCUGGGCUAACUACACCGAGUGCACUCGUUACCUGAUGUCCGACCAUCGAAACCUGGAGGAGAAGGUGUUUCAGCGACUCCAUCUCAUGUACACUGUGGGCUACUCCAUGUCUCUCGCCUCCCUAUUGGUGGCAGUCUUCAUCCUGUGCUAUUUCAAGCGUCUCCACUGUACACGUAAUUACAUCCACAUCCACCUCUUUGCCUCCUUCAUUUGUCGAGCUGUCAGCAUUUUCGUGAAAGAUGCUGUGCUCUACUCCGUAACCGAUGGCAACAAAACUGACUCUGGGUUUACAACAGUAAAACCUCACAUGGCUGGUUGUAAAGUCGCCGUUACCCUCUUCCUGUACUUCCUGGCAACCAAUCACUACUGGAUCCUGGUGGAGGGAUUGUACCUACAUAGUCUCAUCUUUAUGGCUUUCCUGUCUGACAAGAACUACCUGUGGGCUCUCACUAUCAUGGGCUGGGGUGUUCCAGCUGUGUUUGUGUCCAUCUGGGUCAGUGCCCGAGCUUCGCUGGCAGAUACUCAAUGUUGGGACAUCAGUGCUGGGAACCUGAAAUGGAUCUAUCAAGUCCCCAUUUUAGCUGCAAUUGUUGUGAAUUUCCUCCUUUUCAUUAACAUAAUCCGUGUACUGGCCUCUAAACUGUGGGAAACCAACACUGGCAAACUGGACCCUCGACAGCAGUACAGGAAGCUGCUGAAGUCCACUUUGGUCCUGAUGCCCCUCUUUGGAGUCCACUACAUCGUGUUCAUGGCUCUCCCCUACACGGAGGUCACUGGGCUGCUGUGGCAGGUUCAGAUGCAUUAUGAGAUGUUCUUCAACUCUUCCCAGGGCUUUUUUGUGGCGUUUAUCUACUGCUUUUGCAACGGGGAGGUGCAGGCGGAGGUAAAAAAGGCCUGGCUGCGACGCAGCCUGGUGUUGGACCUGAAACAGAAAGCCAGGAUAACCAGCAGCGGCGGGGGAAGCUGUUACUAUGGCGGCAUGAUGUCACACGCCACCACCCACAGCGUCUGCCCGUCUGCGGCUCAUCCCAGAACACUUUCCUUCACAGGAGGAGUGGUGGGCUUAGGUGGAUCUGUGCCAGGGGUCAGGUCACAACGUCACAACGCACCAACGUCCCUCCAGGCUCACAGCAGCCCCUGUGUCUACAUUCCCAGCACCACUGAGACCUCAAGCCCUCAACGGGACCUGGGUGUGUGGAAAACAGCAGGGGCUGAGUCAGGCGUUUUUGCCAGACAUACCAGAGCUCACAAAGGAAAUGGUAACUGCACCAGUCGAGGAGCAGAGGACCCUAACAGCUCCUUAUCUGUGAAGGAGACAGAGACCAUCUUGUAAUCGUGGCGGCUGGACAGCAGAUCCCAGCCAGACCUUGAGGUGGUUUAUAUCAACAGCUGAGGUUUAUGGUUCGCUGUGUUUCUUCUAGUGCAUGGGCUAAACUGAUAGCCACAGUGAAGGAAAACAAACGUAUUAGCGAUGCAUGGUUUCUGCUUUAUUGUUAUUUAAGUUUUUCAAGUUCCUGACACAGUUUCUGUGCUGAUGUCACGUCUGUGUGCACGGGUCGUAUCAUUGACUUUUAGCUGUGCUGGGUUCAUCGGAGUGUAAAGCAGAUCUGCGCAUAGCUAAGCUAAAUAGAUGGUCAAAACGUGAUGCUGUGAAGAAUUUAGUGAAGCCUCGUGGACAUGCUGGGUGUAUAAACACAGAUACUUUUUUCUCCAUGCACUUAUCUUCCCUGUGUUUGAUUUUCCAAUCCUCGCUUGUGGACCCUCAGGUCAAACUGUACAUGUGAUCAUCCUUUUUCCCCCAGACAGCCACAUGGAGCACAUUUACAGUAACUCAGAUUGUUAAUUCAACAAUCCUUCCAUCAAACUUUUAGAGUUAUUGGAGUCUAGACAGCAUGUCUAGACAAAUCUCCCUCUCUGUUGUUGUCCAAGGGUUCUGAACGGUCCUCUUUAUCAAUGUGACAGGUCCCCGAGGGCUGAUGUAUGCAGUUUUACCCUUAACUCCCUUCCAUCGUGCAACCUCUGCCCCGAGUCUCUCACAACACUAUCCAGAAUUUCACACAUUCCAGUCAGGACACGACGUGGAGCAACACACACCUGAGUUAUUUUGGAGACAUCGAGCAUGAGUGAAAAAUCUGCAACACAAACCACCAGCGUUCACAGGGUAAACGGACAAAUAAAGCUUGUAUCUGUAAAUAUUUUACAACAGUGUUGGUGUCCAGAAACAGAAAAACCUGCUCUGUGUGCCGUUGUAAAGUGUAAAAAUGGUUGUGAUAAUUUAAUAAAUGUUUUGGUGUAUAAUGUUUUACCCUA